UUAAGGUACCAACUUUACAUGUGUAUUCUGCUGUAGGUCUUGUUUACAACUUAAAUGUUUUUAUUUCAUCCGUUUUUAAUAGGCGUUUUGUGUGCGACCUUUGGAGAGGUCAAAACUCAUUAUGACGAGGGAGAAGAAUAUUUCUAUGACAGCUACAAUGAAAAGCCUGCAUUUCAUGCAUACGUAAAAGGUAAUCGUCCUUUUAGUGGAGAUGACAUCUUGAAAUUUGACGAAGUCCUUACGAACAUAGGGAACAACUACGACUCUUCAACGGGUCAGUUCACUGCACCUAAAACAGGAUUGUACCAAAUUGCAUGUACCAUACAAGGAUAUCGGACAUCUGGUGUCACCUUCCAAAUACAGAAAAAUAAUGAUAGAUUUGAUCUUGGUUAUGCGGGAGGUAGGGACUGGCAUGCUGUAACUCGUGUUCUACUGAUGCAAUUAAAGGAUGGAGAUAAAGUGUUCGUCCAACACAGAGUACCACACAGAAAAGAGACUGUUGCUGGAAAUCGACAUUCAUAUUUCUCUGGACGUCUUUUGCAAUAAAAUUCAAUUUGAUAUAAAAUUUGUUGAAUCAAUAAA